UCAUAUUUUUUACCCUUAGUCAUAUUGAUUAUCAAGCUUACCAUUUUUGUACGAAUCCAAAAUGUGCUCCUUAGAGAAACGUGGAAACCUUUUCAUCCUCACCCUCACUGGCAAAAACGUCGUGCACAGGCUCAACCCCGAGGUCUUGAGCUCCAUCAUCUCAGCACUUUCACGAGCCAAGGCUGAGUCAACCCGUGGUUCAGCUCUUGUCACUGUGUCGCAUGGCAAGUUCUUCUGUAAUGGCUUCGACCUAGAUUGGGUCAAUGCCACCGGUUCCAAACAAGAAGCCCAACAACGCUUCGAUUACUCGCUCGACUGCCUCACGCAGCUCGUCCAAGCCUUCAUCUCCCUCCCCAUGCCAACUGUCGCCGCCGUCAAUGGUCAUGCCGCUGCUGCCGGCGUGGUAAUCCCCCUCUGUCAUGACUACGUGGUCAUGAGACGUGACAGAGGUGUGCUUUACGUGAACGAUUUGGAAAUGGGGCUUAAGAUUCCUGAACUGUACAUGGCAUUUUUUAGGGCCAAAACUUCGGGGUGGGCGCUACGUGAUUUGGUGUUGCGUGGGUUGAAGAUAAAGGGAGAGGAGUUGCUGAAAAUGGGGAUAGUGGACGCCGUUUACGACGGCGAGGAAGGAGUUACAAAUGCCGGAAUGAAGAUGGCCGAUAAUUUGGCCAGAAGGAAAUGGGAUGGUGAAGUUUACGCUGAAAUUAGAAAAGGGUUGUAUUCUGAAUUUUGUGGAAUGCUGGGAAUAGCUUCCAAAGCUAUUGGAACCCCAAAACUUUGAUUAACAUGUUAGUGCAUAAAAUUAACAAGGGAAGGAAGUGGUGGUUUGGAGGGCGGAUCACCCUUAGCCAUAUAGGUGAAGAGAGAGAGAGAGUGCCCCCAAUGACCCCACCCAUGAUCAAAUGUGAUUACUAGUGUGGGCCAAAGCCUCUUGGCGUAGCCACUGCUUAACGGUGUGGAAGGUAAGUUUCCUUAAGAUUAUUUCAUCAUAUUCACUUUUAGAAUUUCUUUUUUAUAUUUCGAUUUGAAUAUAUCUGGGAGUAUUUUAUGAAAAAUUAGUUUAUA